AUGGUUCAAACAUCCUGUGUUGCUGAGCUGAGCUCGAUGUAUUUGCAGCCCCCACCCACCACCACCACCACCGGAGCCUCCUUUCACUCGCAGUUCUCCGUAGACCUCAGCCCGUCCCGGAGAGGCGAGGCUCACAAAGAAAACAGUGGGGGAAUCCAGAUUGUAUCUCAGUGUCAACUCAAGUCCCAGACCCGUUCCCAUGCACUGGGCUUCAACAACAAAGAUUUUCCUGAGAUCCCGGCCUGUCGUCUGGCCAACUACAGAGACUUGAGAUUAUGUUUAAAGUUCUCUCUCUUUUUAAAAAAAAAAUUCUCUCCUAUGUGUCUCUGCAGGCCUCCUGCGCUGGCGGGCAGUCCAGCCUUCUCUGAUAUCUCCCUCAUCCGGAUCUCGCCCCAGCGGAACCCCUCUGUGGGGGCAGAGUCGCCCUUUCACCCCCCGCAUCCCUACAUCAACCCGUACAUGGACUACAUCCGCUCGCUACACAGCAGUCCCUCCAUCUCUGUUCUGUCGGCCGCCCGCGGACUCAGCCCUGCAGAUGCCCCCCACACAGGUCUGACCACGGCGGAGUACUACCACCAGAUGGCCCUGCUGGCGGGCCACCGGAGCCCCUACGCCACUGACCUGCUCCCCUCGGUGGCCUCUACAGCGGGGGCUGGCAGCAGCGCCCUGCACAUGGAGUACCUGCAGGCCAUGGAAAGUUCUCGAUUCCCCAGCCCGAGGCUCCCAUCGCGGCCCAGUAGAAAGCGCCCUCUGCCCAUCUCGCCCCUCUCAGAGCACAGCUUUGACCUGCAGACCAUGAUCCGCACCUCGCCCAACUCUCUGGUCACCAUCCUCAACAACUCCCGCUCCAGUUCCUCCACCAGCGGCUCCUACGGCCACCUCUCCGCUGGUGCCAUCAGUCCUGCAUUAAGUUUCGCCUACCCUCCGACCCCGGUGGCUUUGCAAAUGCACCCGCAGCUCAUUGGCCGACAGCCGGGCAUUGUGGGUUCUGCCUUCGGCCACAGUCCCCCCCUCAUCCAUCCAACACCGGCCUUCGUCACCCAGAGGCCUGUUCCCGGCAUCCCCCCUUCUGGGCUCAACGCCAGCGAGCGCUCAGCGGUCUCCAACGAGUCCUCACAGACCAAGCCAACUAGUGAAUCUGCGGUGAGCAGCACAGGAGACCCCAUGCACCACAAACGCUCUAAACUGAAACCAGAGGAUGAGUUACCCAGCCCGGGGGCAGUAAGUGUGCAGGACCAUCCUGACGGGAUGACCCUGGUGAAGGAGGAAGGGGACAAGGAUGAGAGCAAGCAGGAGCCAGAGGUGGUGUACGAGACCAACUGUCACUGGGAGAGCUGCUGUCGGGAGUUUGACACACAGGAGCAGCUCGUGCACCACAUAAACAACGACCACAUCCACGGGGAGAAAAAGGAGUUUGUGUGUCGCUGGGAUGAGUGCUCGCGGGAGCAGAAGCCCUUCAAGGCCCAGUACAUGCUGGUGGUCCACAUGCGCAGACACACUGGGGAGAAACCGCACAAGUGCACGUUUGAGGGCUGUACCAAGGCGUACUCCCGUUUGGAAAACCUGAAGACCCACCUGCGCUCCCACACCGGAGAGAAACCUUAUGUGUGUGAACAUGAAGGCUGCAACAAGGCCUUCUCCAACGCCUCGGACCGGGCCAAGCAUCAGAACCGAACACACUCAAACGAGAAACCAUAUGUGUGCAAAAUCCCAGGCUGCACCAAGCGCUACACGGACCCCAGCUCCCUUCGCAAGCACGUCAAGACGGUGCACGGGCCCGAGGCGCACGUCACGAGGAAACAGCGCGGCGAUUACCCACGUCCCCCAACACAGCCCCGGGAGCCUGGAGGCAACGGCCAGGGCAGGUCACCAGGGCAGAUGCCCCUGGGUGGGUAUACGGACCAAAGGGAGUACAAUCACGCUACCUCGAAACAGGAUGAAUGUCUGCAGGUCAAGUCCAUCAAGUCAGAGAAGCCCAUGACGUCUCAGCCAAGCCCUGGCGGUCAGUCUACAUGCAGCAGUGACCAGUCCCCCAUCAGCACCUAUCCCAGCAGUGGAGUCCAGCUUACUGUGAGCGCCGGACGCUCGCCAGGAGAGAGGCUAGAGGAGGAUGAGGAGGAAGAGGGAAAUGAGGAGGAGGCGGAGGAGGAGUGUGAGGGUGAGCCAGCCCCCAUCAUGGACUCGACGGUCUCCACGGCGACGGCGGCCACGCUGACCCUGCAGGCGAGGCGAAGCGUUGGCCGCCCCCUGCGCUGGAUGGAGCACAUCAAGAUGGAGAGGCUGAAGCAGGUGAAUGGAGCUCUGCCCGGGCUGGGCCCCCUGUCCCCGACACCUCCCCCUAAAGGUUCCUCGCUACCCAACAUCCUGGGGAAGGGAUCCUGUCUGGGCAGGCCGUGGGGAAUGUCUGCCCCUCAACCUCCUCCUCGGUCCGAGCCGGGCAACACUGAGCUGACGGUGUUGAAUUUACUCCGUGACCGGCGCGACAGCAGUGGCAGCACCACCAGCUCCGCCUACCUGAGUGGCAGCCGUCGUUCCUCGGGCAUCUCGCCCUGCUUCUCCAGCCGACGCUCCAGCCAGGCCUCCCAGAGUGACGCCAUGGCGAUGGCUGCCCACCACCAUCGGCGCCACCACAACCUCAGCUCCUCGGACUCAUAUGACCCCAUCUCCACCGAUGCUUCCCGGCGCUCCAGCGAGGCCAGCCAGUGCGGAGGAGGAGGUGGAGGCGGGGGUGGAGGUGGAGGGGUAUUUUCGGGUGGUGGCUGGGGAGGAGUAGGCGAAGGGGGAAGCGUCGGGGGAGGGUCUCGGGGCAUGCUUAAUCUUACCCCGGCCCAGCACUAUCAUCUAAAGGCCAAGUACGCCGCAGCCACAGGAGGGCCGCCCCCGACACCUCUGCCCAACAUGGAGCGCAUGACCUUGAAGACUCGCAUGGCCAUGAUGGAUGACAGUCAAGAUAUCAGCAACCUCUCGCUGCCCCCUUUGGUCAGGCCGCGCCGUUGCAGUGAUGGCACCAACGGGUAUGCCAACAGGUAUGUCAACGGGUACGUGGAGCAUGGGGGUUACCGGAGGAGGGUCCUCUACCCUGGAGAGGGUCCAGGGAACGGUGAUCGGAGGGCCAGUGACCCAGUGCGGACCCAGGCUCCUGAUAUGCUUGGCUUGCCCCAAGUGCAGCGCUUCAACAGUCUUAACAACAUCCAUUCUCUCCCGACCUUGCCUGGGAUGCAGCAUCCCACAGCUGAAGGCCGCAGCUUUAGCCUGCAGAACUAUACGCGGUCGGAGGGCAACCUGCCUAGGGGCCUGCAGCGCUCACCCUGCCCACCCAGCAUCAUGGAGCAGUCAGCCUUAGAGGCCCUCGCCAUGGGAGAGGAAGGGGAGAAUGGCCUGUUGCUGGGUGAUGAGGACAUGUUGCCGGAUGAUCUAGUACAAUACCUUCACUCCCAGGUUGAGGCCAAUGGAAGCUCCUACAAUUACACUGAGGAAAAUUCAGUUACCGGCCAAAGGGACAACUCCCAUGCAUCUUUAGGGGAGAUGGAGCAGAUCCAGGGUCCUGGAUCUAACCUGGCCUUCCCUGUGUCCCACAGCCUGCCACAGCAGCAGGUGACAGAGAGGAACAGCCCCAGUAAGCUGCCCAUCCAGUGGAACGAGGUGAGCUCUGGGAGUACUGAGAGGUCUCUGCUUCGGGAGCAGAUCCAGCCGAGACAGUGUGGAAGGUGGCAGGGCUCAGAUCAGGGACCUGCCAGCGCUCCAUUUGGCAGGUUUGGGAACAUGGUAGUGCAGCAGCAAGUGCCAUGUCCCCGGGACACACAGAGCAGUUGCGCCCAAGCUAACCAGUACCAGGCCACAUGUAGAGUCAGCCCAGUGGUGAAGCGAGAGACAUCCGCUAACUCCUGCAUGGGGGGGAGAGGGAAUGGUCGCAUGUCACUGCAUAGUGUUGGCAAGCCUGAUUUCUCUCAGAUUAAUGCCGGGCCUCUUUCCCAUGGCUAUGGACAGCAGGCCUCCAGUGGAUCUCAAAGGCAGAGUCACUUUCAGCAGAACUACAACAACAGCACCUCCUGCCUGAUUGGGGGCAACCUUCUCCUGAGCAGGUCGUCCAUGGAUAACUUCCCUAGUCUCCCAUCUCUCUCACAGGGGCCGGUCCUUCACCACAAUCCCCUGGUCUGUGCCACUCGUUCAGCGGUUGGCAGCAACUAUAGGAGCGUUACCCCGACCCAGCAGUACCUCAGUCCAGAGAGCCAGAUCAACAUCCAAGCCAACCUCAGCCAGCAGCAGCAGCAACAGCAGCUGCAGAGGAGCGUGAACCAUGGCUCGUUGGUCCACCAGGUGUCUGGGCUGAAACUGGAGACCUCAGACCAUGGCUACCUUGAACAAAACUUCAGCGAUGAGCUCUGCUUUGAGCCAGCAGACCCCAAAGCCUCAUCUUUCCCUAGCUUGGACGACCAGUCUUUGUUGGACUCCAUGGCCGAGUCUGUGGGACAAGGUGAUGUUAGCGGCAGCGGUGAUUCGGCUGCUCUUCUUUCUCCUGGCACAGACCAGGUAACCAGCACAGUAGACAGCGGUGUGGCGGGUGCACUCGAUGACGUGGUCGGCCUGGACUUCGGGGCCAUGCUGGAGGAUGGAUAUGACCAGGGUAGCCUGGCAUCAGAUGUGAUAAGUCCCUCCAUCUUCCAUGGUCUGUCCAGGACCUCAUCGCGACUGACCACCCCUCGCACAUCCACAACCUUUCAUAGCGUGCCCCCGGGCCUCAACAACAUGGCUAUUGGAGACAUGAGCUCCCUCCUUACGACACUCGCAGAGGAAAGCAAGUUUCUGGCUAUCAUGCAGUAGCUGCGCUCUCUUUCUCUCUCUGCUCUCUCCUCCCUUAGGAAAAAUUAAAAAGGAAGAGAAAAAACUCUGGUGUAUGUGAAGAACUGUUUUAAAAAGUGGUAAAAAAAAUGCGGCAAUUGAUGAGAAGUUUAUGAUGUACUUAAAACAGAGUGUUCUGGAUGAGAUAGUUGUCAAAAAAGAUUUAUUUUGUAAAAUUGACAUCCUACUCAGAAAAGGGAUGUGUCAAAAUAUGUAUAAAUGAAUAGUUAUAUUCCUUUUCUGGAAUGAAGGCUAUUUUUGGAAGCCCUUCCCUUUGUAUUACUAUGUGAUGGUGGGCAAAAGCUCACUUCUUUGAAACAGUAUUCUGUGUAUUGUCACUGUUUUGCUGUACACACUGUUGAUAUAAAUGCAUGUAUUCAAAGUAAAACAUAAACACUGUCUUUAUGAAUACAUAGACUAGCCCAUGUGCCAAGUAUCUUUCAUUUUGAACCCACAGGUACUAAUUCCACACUCGCUCCAGCAGGUCAGAAAUGGGUCGAGUAACUUGAGAGGCUCAGAUGAAACUUAGCUUUUUUGAUAAGUGGUGUAUUUACAUCUAUUGUCAUUUUGUUUGUAUGUUACUUUGGCAAAUCUGUAAAUCUCAAUGUUCCAGUGCUUCUUUCGAGUCUUAACAAGUGGUGUUUUGUCAAAGAGUAUCCCAAUAUGGUAUUAAUUUCAAAAUAAAAGGACCACACUUCCAAGUCUUAGAAUCCACAAGCACCAGUAGUCUUCUAGUUGUUAUUUAAAUGGCUUGAUUUAGUUAGUCUGGUAAGGUACUUGCAGGUGUAUAUAUAACAAUGUGUUUUUAUAUUCUGUUGGUGAUAAUUGGAUUUUUGAUGUUGGAUUGCACGGUUGUUUGGAGGUGAUGUAAAAAAAAAGUGGACACGUUUUCACUGAUGACAAACGUUCGCAUUUGGUGCUUUAUGUUUGCUUAAAGAAAUAGAUAUUUCAGUGCUCUCUGUUUUGAAUUUGUCUGACUGAACUACAGUGGUCCAUAGUACAUGGAAUUUCCCUCUCACAGUGAUGAAUGCUGUAAGAUAUUUUAUUUUAUAGCAAGUCCUUUCUAUCAUUUUCUCUCGAGCUCUUAAUUCAGAAUGUGUACUGCCACCAAGUAUUGCGGUUACUUAGUCAACAGUGUCAGUAUUGCCUUGCAGUCUAUUGUGACUGCACCCAGAAUAUCGAGUAGUUUACCCAUUAUUCUAGUGUAAAGAAAAAAAAGAAAAAGAGGUACAGUUUUAUUGCAUUUGGUACUCAUUUCAUUUUUGUAGCCAUGCGUUGAUGCCGUUUUGUUCUGAAAGAAGUAGAAACUGUUUCCUUUGAUGGAGGAGGAAGUUACACAGAGGUAUGUGCCUUAUUAUCUGCCUGUCGGGAAAGGGAAAGCUCACUGCCAACUUUCCAUUGAUAAUUAUUUAAAAAUUGCAAGAACACAGAAAAAGGAAAAUGACAAAAAACACUUACAAAGAGCAACGUUAGGCUAUCAGCAAAGUCAAGAUUCGCAAAAGGCAUUCUACUUUUUCUUCCGUUUUGUUUUCAUUUAGUUUUCACAUGUAUUGUCUUAUAUAUAUAUAUAUAUAUAUAUAUAUAUAUAUAUAUAUAUAUAUAUAUAUAUAUAUAUAUAAGUUUGUAUAUACAUUACCCUUUCUGUAGAGUUAGUGGGCAUAUGAGGAGAAUUCUGGGGCCAAUAAUGAACUGACUCUGAAAGCAGGGAUUCCUGGUUCCUGGGUGGAGGCCAGACACAUCUGGCUCAUAGAGGAGCAUGGGGUGCCCAGCACUGCCCCUCUGCCAGAAGAGCCACUUUGCUCUUUUAUAUCUGACUACAAAUGUUUGUAUGGUUUUAAUAAAAA